UUUAUCUGAUUUUUUAAGUGUGUUCAUUGUAGAUCAAAUAUACUGGAAAAAUGAAGCUGGUUGAUCAGAACUCAAUAAAGCUACUACUACACAUUGGGUACUUUUAAAUUAUUUGAGUUUAAUGACUCUUGUCGGACAUUUCAAUUGGACUAAAGAUCAAUAAAGGUUUACAUGAAUAUAUGUAGGUCGUGAAGGUUGUUUCGUGUUACAUGUAUAUGUUAUAUGAUACGCAAUUAUCAGUACAAGAACAAACUUCACAUUGAUAUUUAGUUUGCACUGACAAUACAGCAAUUACCGUAUGCGUAUAUUUAUGGAUUCUUCUAAAGUUUGUGUAGUUCUGGUCACAGGAGGAUCCGGAUUUUUGGGACAACAUGUGGUUGGAUUACUUCAAGAACGUGCUGACCAUGUGACCGAAAUUAGGGUCCUAGAUGUUGCUCCAUAUAAAAGUAAACUUGAUUAUGCCGAAAGGAUACCCGUGCAACAGUAUGUUGGGAGCGUGACGGACAGUGACCUGGUUCAUAGAGCAUGUAUGGGCGUAGACUGUGUUAUGCACUUGGCUGGAAUAGUUGACAUUUCUCUUAUACCGGAUGUUGAUCGGACCUACAAAAUAAAUGUUGAAGGCACAAAGAAUGUAAUAGCGGCUUGUAAAAAACACAAAGUGAAACGUCUGCUAUACUCGAGUUCUACAGAAGUAGUGCUUGGGACAGGGAAUAUAUAUGAUGGAACAGAGGAGAAUACGGAAAUCACCACCAGUCAUCUGUUCAAACCAUAUGGACCAUCAAAAAUUGAAGCCGAAAGACUUGUACUAGAAGCAAAUUGUCACAAUCUACAGACGCUUGCAUUACGCCCAUCUAUGAUGUACGGUGAAUUAGAAUUCCGAUCUAUAGAAGUUCUUGUUAACGGAUUUCUAGCACAGAAAAUGGGAUCUUUUGUUCGCCUAGAUUGUAAAAAUGGCAUUGCUGAACAUGUCUAUGUUGGAAACGUUGCAUGGGGAUUUGUUUGUGCAGAGACCAGCCUCUAUGGAGGUAAAGUGGAGCAGGACUCAACCGGAAGUAGUUAUUUUAUCGUAGAUGAUUCUCCAAAAGCAAGUGUUUUUGCAUUCCUGGGUGAGAUUAUGACAGAACUAGGUUUGAAGCCGUUAGGACCACCUAUACCAUUAUGGUGUAUUCAGUUUCCGCUUUAUAUACUGUACUUACUUUUAAGUGUUAUUUCAGUAGUAUAUAGAGUAAACUUCUCCCAUGGAAUCCCUGAAUUUUCGUCUAUUACGAGAAUAUAUAGGUUUAGAUACGAAAAAGCAACAGCCAAGCUUGGCUAUAAGCCAUUAUACGGCUUUGCCGAAGCGAAAUCAAGAAUAGUGGAAUUCUACAAGCCAUAUUUGCCAAAGCGUUAUCAAUACUAUAGGUAGUAUUGUUUUAAUGUUAUAUUGGAUUACACAGCGAAUAAUCAGUAAAAUUAAAGACCCCGAAACAACAUUAUCGGUAUAUCUAUUGUGUAUAAACACAUGGUUAUACGUAUCUGCGAAGAACAAAAGUGUAUCAUGUACUGUUAACAGACUAAUGUCAAUUGAAUGCUUACCGUCUUCUGCAUCGUCGCUACCUGCAUCAUCCUUCGGUGUAAGUGUUCCUUUUGUCGAAACUGUAACAAUGAAACUUUACAUCUUUACUGUAUCUGUUACGUAAUUUCAGUAACUAUUGCAAUCAAUGUUGAAGUAAAGACCACUUUCUCUAUGACUGGCUUACUUUGACAAAAUUUCACACGGCAUAUUUAGCUUACUGUGUUAGUUUUACGUUUUCUGCAAAGUUUCCAGUGAUGUUAAAAUUUGUUGUGAUAAAUUGACAAUGCUGUUUAAGAUAAUCACACAUGUCUAUUUCUGAUUCAUUGGUAUUGUUUGAUUAAAUGAUGUCAAGAACCA